UGACGUUGAUGGCGGCGGCGUCUGCGGUGGGGGCAGCAGCAGCCGGAGAGAGCGCGCGGUGUGUGCGAGUCUCGGGCGACGGGGCUGGAUUCCAAGCCUCAUUCGGCCACUCCAGUGCAGGAGGACGACGACGACGACGAGGAGGAGGAGGUAGUGGUGGUUGACGAGGCGCGAGCACGUGGAGGACAACGACGUGAAGGAGGAGGAGGAGAAAGGAGGAGGAGUGAGACGGAGGAGGCCGCGGCCUCGAGCCCCGGAGUGUCGGAGCGGCCAUGGACGACGUGGUGCUGGUCAGCGUGACCGGGGCGAACGGAGAAAUCGCCGUGCCCGUCCUCGUCGGCGCCGAGCACAUCCACGACCACCACCACCACCACAGCAGCAGCAGCAACCACCUCAACCAGCACCCGCAGCUGCGGCUUCUCCUCCACUCGCAGCACGAGCAGGAGGCGGGAGACGGCGGCGGCGGCGGCCAGGGCGACGCGGGGCCGCGAGGAGGAGGAGGAGGAGAUGACAAAGGCCGCGCCUCGCCCCCGGAGCAGCAGGCCGCAUUGUCGGCGGGCCCCGCUUUGACGCCGGACCCCGCGGGCUCCCACACAAAGGCGGCCUCCGAGGCGGCCGGGCCCGCGGGGCCUGAACACGACGACGCGGAGAAAGCGUCUGACGGUGACAACAUCGUCAACAACAACAGCAGCAGCAAGGAGGAGGAGGACGGCAGGAACAGCAGCAGCAGCAACAAAGAGGAGGCCGUGCCCGGCGAGGAGGUUGCACCUCCACCACCACCUCCACCACCUCCUCCUCUCAAUCUCCUGGAGUCUUGCGCUGCCUGUGGCCAGGCCCUGCAGAGGCGGGAGCCCAAGCUGCUGCCAUGCCUCCACUCCCUGUGUGCCGUGUGCGUGCCACCGCCGCAGCCGCAUAUCCCCGUUCCUAUGGCGGGGCCGGUCAUGAAUGGACAGCCUCACCAGCAGCCCCACCACCAGCAGCAGCAGCAUCCGCAGCAGCACCCACAACAGCAUCCACAGCACCAUCAGCAGCAGCAGCAUCAUCAGCAGCAACAGCAGCAGCCACCUUCGCCUGUGGGGCCCAUGUCAGUGCAAGCCAUCGUGCGCUGCCCAAUCUGCCACCAAGGAUGCCAGCCCAAGGACAUCGUGGACAACUACUUUGUGACAGACGGCUCAGAGGGGGGAGUGGCGGGCACAGAGAACAGCUCACAGCCGUGCACGAGCUGCGACGACGGUGCGGACGCCGAGGGGUUCUGCGUGGAGUGCCUCGAGUGGCUGUGCCGCACGUGCAUCGAGGCUCACCAGCGCGUCAAGUUCACCAAGGACCACGCCAUCCGGCGCAAGGACGACGCUCAGGACGAUGCGGCGGGCAUGGCCACGCUGCGGCCCGUCUACUGCCCCGUCCAUCGCCGGGAGCCGCUGAAGCUCUUCUGCGAGACCUGCGACCGCCUCACCUGCCGGGACUGUCAGCUGCUGGGACACAAGGAGCACAGGUACCAAUUUGUGGAGGAGGCUUCGCAGCAGCAGGUGGUGAUUAUCGAGACUCUUACGGCCAAGCUGCAGGAGAAGAAGAACUACGUGCAUUUUGCCGCCAUGCAGGUGCAGAACAGACUGAACGAGGUCGUGGAGGCCCACAAGAAGGUGGAGCACGACAUCCGGGUGGCCGUCUUCACGCUCGUCAACGAAAUAAACAAGAGGGGCAAGUCGCUGCUGCAGCAGCUUGAGUCGGUGACACGUGAGCGGCAGGCCAAGCUGGGCCGCCAGCGGGACGAGAUUGGCGAGCUGGCGCGGCACGUGGAGCACGUCCUCAGCUUUGCGCGCUUCGCCGUCGCCAGCGGCAACAGCACCGCCCUGCUCUACAGCAAGCGGCUGGUGACGUACCAGCUGCGUGCCAUCCUAAGGGCGCGCUGCGACCCGGCGCCUGUGGCCAGCAGCGGCGUCAAGUUCCACUGCGAUUCCUCCUUCUGGGCCAAGAACGUCCUCAACCUCGGCACCCUGGUGGUUGAGAACCCUCCUCCCGGAGCGGUGCACGCGUUUCUACCCAACAUCGCGCUUGCGCAGGCAGGCCGGCCGCCCCCCGGCACCGUGCCACACAUGCCGGCCUCCCCCUCCGCGCCGGGCCCCCCUCUCCCGGCCUCGCUCGCGGGGCCGGGGGUCCCGAUGCGUCAGCAGGCGUCAGGGGGAGGACCCCUGCAGCCCCCGCCACUGGGCCCGCCGGGCUCCGGGCAGAUCAACUUGGCUCAGCUCCGUCUGCAGCACCUGCAGCAGCGGGCCAUCAAGCAGCAUCAGCAGCAACAGCAGCACCAGCAGCAGCAGCAACAGCAUCAGCAUCAACAGCAACAGCAGCAUCAGCUGCAGCAACAACACCAACAGCAGCAGCAACAGCAGCAGCAACAACAGCAGCAACAGCAGCAACAGCAGCAGCAGCAACAGCAGCAGCAACAGCAGCAGCAGCUUCGUCUGGUGGCCAGGCCUCAGCCAUUGCAACCCCACCGCAGAGUUUCUUCGUCUGCGUCCGUGGCGGCCGCUACCGCCCUUGCUACCGGGCAGCCGGCCUUCGCCACUCUCUCUCCGACCAACGGCGGGCAGCCACCACGGCUCAUCAGCGUGCAGUCCUUCCACCGAGCCACGCAGCACUUGUCGGCCACGCAAGCUCGCGCCGUCGCUCAAGGCGCCGGCAGCGUCCGCAUCGGGGGGCAGCAGCAGCAGCAGCAGCCUCCGGGACCACAACAGCAGCAGCCACAGCAGCAGCAGCAGCAGCGGGCACCACAGGGGCCCCCGCAAAACCCGGCACACUCGCUCCGACAGCACCCCGGCAGCAGUGUCCCCCUCGGGGGCCCCUUCCCCGUGGUGAGCCUCCACCCGCCCCCCCCGCCCCCCGCGCACCCCGCGCACCCCAAGCCAGCCCCCCUGGUGGCUUACGACCACAUCCCGUCUGUGACCAACCCUGAGAACUUGCCCUCCUUGCCACACAUACCCCAGAUACAGUUUGAGGACGUGUCAUCAGUGCUGAAGCUGGCGGCGGUUCACGCCAACGGGGCCCUAGCGGACGGUGUGCCCAGCCCCGCGCCCCGCCUCACCUCCCCCACAUUCUCCAUCUCCCCGGGGUCUGCCAUGCACUCGCCCGUGACGGUGGCGAGCCAGACGCCCAUCAGGCCUUCCAGUGCCUCCAGCACUGGCAGCCACGGCAGCUCCGCGUCCCCCAAAGUCCCAUACGUGCGCCUCGAGCGAAUCAAGCACGAGCCCGGCACGGCGCUCGCCGAGAGGGGCUCGGCGUGCGGGGGGCAGCAGCAGCAGCACCACCACCACCACCACCACCACGCGUUGGCAUCGGCGACCCCCGCGACCGCUGCGCCCCCCGCGUCCGCCAACAGCGUGAGCGUGAAGCAGGAGGCGGCGCUCGGCGGGGGCGGCGCCGCCGGGAGCGCCUGUUGCGUGCUGAGCAGCCCCGACAGCAUCCUCACCCCGCCGUUGUCCAACCCGAGCUGCGAGUCGCUGCCCAUCCAUGCCGUGCGCGUCAAGGAGGAGCGGCUCGACGGCGCCGACUACGCGGCGAGCUCCACGCCGCACUGCGGCGCUGGGCACGGCCACUCCCCUCGCCGACACAGCCAGCCCGACUCCACGACCGGCCUGCCCGGACACCGCGGCGCCGAGGGCACCGGCCGGGGUGCCAGCGGCGCGGACAGCAGUUCGGCGUUGCGGAGAGGAGACGAGGGUGCGGGGAGCGACGGCGCCGCCAGCGGCGGCGGCGGGGGGGACGAUGCGGCGCAGGAGCCGGCGCCGGAGCAGAUGGCCGAGGGUGCCGAGGGUGCCGAGGGCGCCGAGGGCGCCGAGGGCAACUGCGCCGUGUGCGGUGCGGACGCCCCCGUACUGGCCUGCGCGGAGUGCGGGGGGCGGUAUCACCUGACCUGUCACGUGCCCGUCCUCUCCGAGCAUCCUGGCGGGGACUGGCGCUGUGGCCUGUGCCGCGGCCCGGACUGCGAGGAAGAUGCGGCGGAGACGGCGCGGGAUGGUGUGACAGCCGGCGAGCGGAGGCGCUGCGAGGUGCUGCUGCUGUCAGUGCUGUGCCGCAUCACCAGCGAGCCCAGCGCUCCGCGCACCGGCGUCUCGGAAGCUGAAAAGCAAAUGAAUGGCACAGAAGCUGAUAGCGACGGAGGCGGCGGUGGCGACGGUGGCGACGCUCCGUUGCCGGGCUGGCUGGACGCGGUGAGGCUGCGACUCCAGCCCGACUCCGCGGAGCCGUACGGCAGCCCCGAGGAGUUUGUGUCGGCGCUGCGCUCGGGCCUGCGCUCACACCGGGACCACCGCGCGCUGGAGGCUCACGUCACGGACCGGCUUGGGGAGCUGUUCCCAGGGCCGAGCGAGACGCACGGCACGUGCGGCGCAGACUUGGCCGAGGACGCCGGCGUGGACGCCGCAGCAGCGGAGGUGGCGGACGCUGCCGGCGUGUGCCCGGACGGGCUCGCGACCGUGGACACGGCAGAGGCGUGCGGGGACCCGAGCGCCGGGACGAGCGAAGACGCCGGGACGAGCGGCACGGCGGACGCGUGCGCCGACGUGGGCGCCGGCAGCGCGGACGUGGGCGGCGCGCUGGAUGCGGACGCCGGCGCCGGAGCCGACGUGGUUGAGGACGCCGAAGUGGAGGUGGAGACGGCGGAGGCCGCCGAGGACGUCUCGACGUCCGCGGGCGGCGACGGGGGCGGGGACAGCGACGCCGAAUGCGGCGAACCGAAAUCCAAGCGCGCCAGGCUGGAUCCUGCCGAACCGGGCCCCUAGCGGCUGUCAGCCGCCGAGCGACAUGACCCAACGAACCCCGGCGGGAAACCAUCUCGCGGCCGCAGUUGACGAUCGUCUCGAGAAGUGCGAGUGGCCGUGCACGUCGCCAAACCCUGCGCUCGUCCCGUCGAGACCCAGUUUUUGGACGUGCGACUAUUUUGGGAAAAACCAAGUGCCAAAGCGAGUGCUGCCGAGCGUUGCGGGAGCUGCACGGCGUGAAUGUAGGGGGGGGGGGGCUUCCCCGCGGAGUGGGGUGGGGGGGCUGCGGGACGCGGCAGCGGCGACGGCGGGGACCGCCACAGGAAGCAUCCGCCGCGGCCUCCUGCCCACCCCGAUCAAAGCGUACGAGCAGCGUGGAGGUUUGGUGAAGAGCGGCACCGUUCGUCACAUUUAGCGCCCAACGCAUGACCAAGUGUGUGUUUAGCCGUGCGAUUGUUACAAGGUUUUUUGUAGUUGUAUUCUUAAUAUUAUUAUCAUCAUUGUAUUUAUUUUAUCACCAUCUUGCUGCAGGACUGGGUGGGAGUGUAUUUAUCUUGCCGUGCAGCUGGGGUAAGCGCGCCCACCGGCACGUCCUUGUUCCAAGAGGAGAGCGGCCGUGUCCCCCGACCAAGACGGGUUGUAACUUUUUUUAUUUUUUCAGGGUUUUACCUGAAGUUCGCGACGUGAGCCAAGCGGGGGGCGGGGGGGGCCGGGGGCCUCGUGGCCUCGUCUUCCCAUGUACAGACUCGGACUCGAUUCGGUCAAGCUUGCGGCUACUACACAUGCGCACGUGCCGGCCGUCCUCCGGUACGGCACCCCGCCAUCACGACGUUCGGCGGAGAAAUCACUUGGCUUCUCUUCGAAUCACCUCGUCGCGCGUUCCCAACGGACCUGGAACUAAUGAAUCCCAACGAGAGCCAGCGCCCUGCUCGCCCACCCACUCGCUUGCACGGCCGCCCACACACUCGCCCACCCCCGUACCUCCACCGCGGGGCUGCAGGUGAGAGAGACUUCUCUGAAUGACGAAAGGAUCCUUCAUCUCCCGUGGCUCAUCCUUCAUCGACCGUUGUUCCCCCGCCCCCCCCUGGCCUCGUCUUCAUGCCCACGCACAAGCCCACGCACACACGGACUGGCGCGCGCAGGCGCAGGCUAGUUAAGCGUCCUCACGGCGCGCUCUCUGCGGCAUCGUUGGCGACUCGAGGUGUGACGCUGGCAGAGCGCGACGCGGAACGGUUCUACCGUAGUCGGUGGCUGCAGCAGGAGCUUGUUUCUGGUUUAAGCGAUGUUUUUAGUUGGGGGGGGGGGGGUAAUUGAAUUGCAAGACUGUGUUUGUGUCGAUAACAAGAACCAAAACAAGGCUCGCCCAGUGACGUCCGUGUGUUUUUCCUGAUAAUAGAGUUUUCCCAUUUUUUCUGGCAACAAAACAGGUGUUAAGAUGUUAAAACACCAAACUGAAACUUUUUACAAGGAAUCGUGUCUGCACAAUGCUUGUUGUCAGAAUGCAAACAAAUAACACUCUGAUAAUAUAUGGAUUGUCCUUGAAACUGAUUGGUCCACACCAGAGGCAGCUUUCUUUUUAGCCUCAUCUCAAACGGUGUUAGACCAGAGGACGCCAAAGGGCGUGUAACGCCUUUUGGCGUCAGGUUUCAGUUUGGUGUUUUAACAUCUUAACACCUGUUUUGUUUGCCAGAAAAAGGGGAAAAACCUAUUAUCAUAUUUUGUUACUGGCAAAGGAGGUCCCAUGAUGUUUUUCCUGUCAGAGAUGGACCCCGGUGGUCAUCGGCGAUGGAUCUGCUCUCAAAUAACUUUUUCCACCGGUACAGCCGCGCCGUGCCGAGCCGGCCCAGCGCAGGAGGUGCCGGCCGGGUUCUUUCUCUCCGGCAGAACCCGAGGCGUGGACGCGGUCAUUGUCCCCUCCCGGCCCCGAGAGAGAGAGAGAUUGAAAUGUCUGCCGAGGCCGAGCGUAUCGCUUUGGUUCUGGCUCGGCGUGGCAGACUGCGAGUGGGAAACCAAGCGUAGCGCGAGAGCCCGGCGUCCAACAGGGUAACGAUAGCGGCAGCCCCCUCGGCCGGGGCUCCCGGCGCACCCCCAGGGUCUGCUGCGGUGGUCGUAAACGCUCACCGCGUCGUCAUCGGCCGUGAUCGAUCCACUGAUGGAUGAAUGCCCCCCCCCCCCCCACAGGCUGUCACCAUCUCUCACAAUCAUGCAUCUAAUAAUCCACCCACGCACGAGCCGAUUGCAUCGCUCCAUCUCCUCGAUGGACGUUUCUCGGACUUGUGGCAUUAAAUUUGAACGAACCGUGACGUGCGUGGAAAAUAAUAAUUCACUUCAUCGCAAACGUCACGAUAAACAUUGUUGAUUUUAAUUCACAAGAGAGAAUGUGCACUUUUGUGUUUGUCAACAUUAAAAAUGAACGUAUUGCUAUUAACAUGCCAGACCUUGCUAUUAAUGUACAUCAUCCUUCACGCGACAUAUUUUUCCGUUAAAACAAAAGUCGAUUCCCACAUUUACAUCAAGGUAUUGGGAGCACCGGGCCCCGUCCGGU